AUGGUGCCGCUAAGCUGGUUUGGCGCUCCUACCGACCUAAAAAUAUCCCUACAACCCUACACUUUGCGACGCCUGUUUCUCGACCUUACACCUGCCAGCCACGCCCCCCACGAGACACCUCGCCUCACCUCACCGCAACAGAGAAAAACAAACCAUGUCCUCCCACCUCUCCAAAACCGACACGCACCUCUACCGUCCUUCCUCCUCCUCCCUCCCCCCCACCAAACGCUCCAAAACCCCCCCUCCACCCAAACCCCCUCCUCCCUCUCCUUCACAUCCACCCUCUCCUCCCUCCUCUCUCGCCCCCCCUCCCCCCCCGGCUCACGCGCCAGCCGCGCACGGGCGGGGAAGAAAGACGAUAUCUUCACCGCGCACCGGCGGCGUCGGAAGGAUAAAGAUGCGAGAGGGAGGGAGGGGGAACAGGAUAUCGGCGGCGUGGAUGAAGAGACGUUAGAGAGGUCGAGGAGGAAGAUGGAGGAAAAAGCUAAGAGGUAUAAGGCGAUGAAGAGGGGGGAUGUGGAUGUGCAGGAGGGAGGGGAGGGGGCGGGGGGAUUGGUGGAGUGGGAUAGGAAGUGGACUGAAGCUGGCGAGAAGGGGGAGGGCAGCGAGGAUGAUAGUGAACUUGAGGAGGGCCGGGGGACGUUUGCAGAUCUGGAGAAGGUGGAGUUUGAGGAUGAGUAUGGGCGCUUGAGGGAAGGCACCAAAGCCGAGCGCGACCGCAUGCACCGCCGUCUCCGCAACCAACUCCGCGGCGCCGAAGAACUAGACCGCAUGUCCGCCCGCCCCGCCAUGCCAGAGGGACUCAUCCACGGCGCCGCCAUCCAAAGCUCCGCCUUCAACCCCGACGCAGAAAUUGAAGUUAAAAUGGGCGAACUAGCACGAAAACGUGAUCGCAGCCCUACACCCCCCGAAGCGGUGCAUUAUGAUAGUAGGAAGGAGGUUAGGAGUCGGGGGGUGGGGUUUUAUCAGUUUUCGAGAGAGGGGGGUGGGAGGAAGGGGGAGAUGGAGGGGUUGGAGGGGUUGAGGAGGGAGACUGUUGGGGCGAGGGGGGAGGAUGGGGGUGGUGGGGAUGGGGGGGGAAGGGGGAGGAAGGGGGGUUGGUGGCGAGGAUGA